AUGGAUACCUUCAUCUCCAAGAAGCGAAGACGCAUUUCUACUAAUGCAGAUGCAUCUCCUUACUCUGUCCGAAUCAAUCAAGACGAUGAUCAUGAGGACAGCACCGACUUCAAACUUGCUGUGCUUGCAUCCCUGCAUCCCCAUCUCGCCCAAGACAUCUUGCUUGAAGCCUUGCUCUCUUCCGACGGCCAAGUUGACCUUGCUUCCGAGACCCUGGCUACAGAUAGAGCCGUCUCCUCGGGUCAUCCCAAAAAAGCCAAAACCGUGGGUCAUCAAUCUACUUUGACCAGUUUGAUUCGCUCUGCUAGUGGCGAAACACCUUUGAACAAGAACCUCACUAAGAAAGGCAAAACUCUUUUCUUGUAUAGUCCCCAGGAUAUUGAGACACAUACACCGUGUUCUAUCAUCCACAACUUUCUCUCGAACGAGGAAGCUAACUCCUUGCUUGAAGAACUCUUGGAUGAGUCAAAGACGUUUGAGAAGGAAACAUUCCAGCUCUUUGAUCGUACCGUCGAGAGUCCUCAUACAAUGUCAUUCUAUGUCGACAGCUUGAAGGAGGUUGAAGAGCAAAAGACCACAUACGUCUACAAUGGCAGUAGGAUCAAAGACAUUCGUCAAACGCCCUCAAAAAUGCUGUUUGCAGCAACAAAGGUGUGUCAAGCUGUCAACGAUGAGAUCAAGCGUCGAAUUGCUCAGUACUACCCUGAUGGUGAGAAACUGCGGUACCAAGAUCCCAAAGAGUGGAAGCCAAAUACUGCCUUUGUGAAUUGCUAUGAUGGACCUCAGCAGAGUGUUGGAUAUCACUCUGACCAGCUGACCUAUCUUGGCCCUCGUGCUGUCAUUGGAAGCCUCUCACUGGGUGUGGCUCGUGAAUUCCGCGUCCGCAAGAUUGUCCCCAAAGACACGAGCGACUCAGACGAUGCAAGCACAGCAGAUUCACAAGGCCAAAUCUCCAUUCAUUUGCCUCAUAACUCCCUGCUUGUCAUGCACGCCGAGAUGCAAGAGCAAUGGAAACACAGCAUUGUUCCAACCACCGCCAUUGACCCGCAUCCAAUCGCUGGUAACAAACGGAUCAACAUUACCUACAGAUACUACAAACCUAGUUUUCAUCCAAAAUUUACGCCCAAAUGCCACUGCAACAUACCAACUGUACUCCGAUGUGUACAAAGAAAGUCUGAAAACUUGGGUCGCUACAUGUGGAUGUGUCAUGCUGGCUAUACACCAGGUCAAAAAGGUUGCACUUUCUUCAAAUGGGCAGAGUUCGAUGAUGAUGGCGAACCUCCUUGGCAAAACAAAGUCGAGCAAUCCGAGACUAGCUGA